UCCACCGGGGACUAAAAACCUGCAAACGGCGUAACAUCAUGGCUAGUCACAAAUUGCUGAACGUAUGACUUGAUUAUGAAUAUUAGUGUCUGUUUAAACACAUAUAACUCUCAUUUAAAACUACUUUUUGUCUGUCGUUCAUUCCUCAGUCUAUAGAAAGGCAGUGACUGUCUAUUGAAAGCAAACAAAUACCAAUCGGAUGACCUGUAUACAAAAAGGAAGCCAUUUCAAAGGCAGACUGCGGUGAGCCUCUGAUGUGCAACACGCUCAGUCUAAAGCCUCCAUAGGAAGCGCAUUCACAUAACAAACAUUUCUCGUUUUACACAGUGCUGAGCCGGAUUCCCAAGUCACAUGACCGGAGAGACCGCUCCGCCUCCUUGCUCUGUCACCAGAAGGAAAUAGAGCCAAACAAAGUAGCUUGCUGGGAAGCAGAGGGGCUCUCAGUGUGAGGAAAACAACCGAAAGGGAAGCUUUAACAUGGCAAACCUAAUUACAGCUGCAAAUAGUACCAACACUGAGCUUACAAUCGGCUUCAUCUCCUCUGCUGUAUCGGUUCUCCUGUAUGGCUCAAACUUUGUUCCAGUAAAGAAGUUUGAUACUGGAGAUGGCAUGUUUUUCCAGUGGAUACUCUGUGCUUCCAUAUGGAUUGUCUCUUUGGUGGUCAAUAUUAUUCUUCAUUCCCCAAAAUUCUGGCCUCUAGCUAUGGUAGGAGGCUGUGUCUGGGCUACAGGGAACAUAACAGUUGUUCCAAUUGUUAAAACAGUUGGUCUUGGACUGGGUCUGUUAAUUUGGGCUUCAUUUAAUCUUCUAACUGGCUGGGCGAGUUCAAGGUUUGGCAUGUUUGGAAUAGACCCAGAAAUUGUUGCUAACCCAAACUUAAAUUAUGCUGGAGCUGGUCUUUCAGCAUUAAGAGGGUCUGCGAUGGCAGUUGUAGCAGGAAUUCUCUAUGGCUCCAACUUUAUCCCAGUUCUCUACAUCAAGGAUCACAGCAAAAAUAAUCAGAGCAUAUAUGCUGGUGCAAGCCAAUUUGAUUUAGAUUACGUCUUUGCACACUUCAGUGGAAUUUUCCUAACAAGUACAGUCUAUUUUCUGAUAUACUGCGCAAUAAUGAAAAAUCACCCGAAAGUUUAUCCACAAGCAAUACUGCCAGGUUUUAUUUCUGGUGUACUUUGGGCAAUUGCUACUUGUUGCUGGUUCCUGGCCAAUAAUUACCUUAGCGCUGUUGUCAGCUUUCCAAUUAUAACCGCAGGGCCAGGAAUAAUAGCUGCAAUGUGGGGAGUCUUAGUAUUCAAGGAAAUAAAGGGAAUGAGAAACUAUUUGCUGCUAGUAUUAGCCUUCUGCAUUGUCGUGUCCGGUUCUCUAUUAACGGGUUUCUCUAAGAAAUGAAGAUGGUUUGUCCAGCAGGUGGUGAUAAAUGUUUUUUUUUUUGGUUUUAACCUUUUGGGAAAGUAAACUUUUUUGAUGCCCUCCAUGGAUCUUCAUUAUUUGAAGAAAAUACAGCAAGGUGGCAUUUUAAUUUUACUUGAAAAUGACAAAGGGCAAUGCUUUGAAAACAAACAAUGAACUGUUUAUGUUGUCCCAGGGUACAAUAUUAAUAUCUGUACUUGUUCAAAUAAAUAUUCAUAUAUACA